AUGUUGUCGGAGAACUGGGUUGUAUAUCUUUCUCUGUUGUUUGUUGUGGUCAAUAAGCUUCUGCAGUACACUACCAGAUACCAUGAAAAGUGGGCUUCCCACUUUGCCUUACCAAACGUUCGAGCAGCCGGUAGAAGGUACCAGCGCACGCUGUCGGAGCACCAGAAGUUGGUUUCGGUCAACAGGUCGAUCUCAGCACAGGAUGAUUAUGCUCGGUGGACCAAGAAUAACAGGAAGUUGACACUGCUGGAGAAGGAGUUGCAGAGCUUGAAGGAGGAAUUGGGGAGAGCGAGUGCUCAGAACAAGCAGUUGCUCGGGAGGCUGAGACUACUGAGUUUGACACUGCCAUUUUUGGCUUUGAAGCUGUGGAAGGGCAAACAUGUGGUGUACUACUUGCCCAGGGCGGAGCUGUUCCCGAAAGUAGUGUCUGGAGUGUGGUCUCAAGGCUGGUUCUACGUUGCGCUGUUGCCGCUGAGAUUGCUGAAGAGGCAGUCCAUUGGUGCAGCUUCAGUGACAGACGUCGGAGUGUCGCUCGGCAUCUGGCUUUGGGCGUUGCAGAGAGUGAUCGACACCUUUGAGUUCUUGAUCAAACAGCUGCUGUUGGCACCGGUUGUGCUCCAUCCACCGUCGUCUGGAGGAAAGGAAAAUGGUGCGAAACACGAGAUUACAAGCGAUAGAAUCGACUUAGAUUGA